AUGCGGUCUUUAUCCGUCCUGCCGGUGCUCUCGACACUUGCCCUACUUCUCAACUACUCGCUCCACACAGCUGCAACCCCGCUCGCAUUGCCAGCAAACGUCACCGAAGAGCACAGACUUGAGAAACGCUGUGCGAACCCUUGCGGCUACAACGACUGGCUUUGCUGCGAGACCGGUCAGACGUGCAGUACCAACAGUGCCAAAGAGGCCGUCUGUUCAGAUGGUAGUGGCAGUGACAGCAGUGGAGACUGGGAAUAUUACACAACCACCUACGUGCUCACCAACACCGACGUAUCAACUAUUACCUCUGUUUGGAGCAGCCAGAUUGCCGCAGCUACAGGCACGGGCAGCUGCAGAUUCGACCUCGGCGAGACAAAGUGUGGCUCGACUUGUUGCGAUGCUACCCAAGAAUGCGCCUUGAAUGCCGCUGGUGACGCGGGCCAAUGUGUUGCUGAGAGCUCUUCAUUUGUUGCGACUGCGACAGGAACAGAAUCAGGAUCAGAAGCCACGCCGGGCGUGCGAGUGACGAGCAAUGGGGCAAGCACCGUAACAGCAACCUCAACUCCAACCACCACGGAGGGAUUCACAGCGCCGGUCGGAACGGACGGGGCAGAUUUGAUCGGCGUCAAAGCCACAAGCAGCAGCGGACUCAGUGGUGGCGCCAUCGCAGGAAUCGUCAUCGGCAGUAUCGUCGGUGUAUUCUUAUUGCUACUCCUCUGCGCCUGCAUCUGCUUCAAGGGUAUCUUGGAAGGCCUGCUUGCAGCACUCGGCAUUGGCAAGAAGCGCCGUAGACAGGAUACAACCUAUAUUGAAGAGCGCCAUUCUCACCAUUCGCAUGGCAGUCGGCCCCCUCCUCCUCCAGGCCGAACUUGGUUCGGCACCAAACCAGCCGCGGGAGGCAGCGAGGUUAGCGAGAAGAAAGAGUCCAAAUGGGGCUUCGGUACAAUUGCUAUUAUCAUCGGUGCUCUUGCUCUGUGUUUGGGAUUGAAGAGGAAGAGAGAUAGAGAGCACGAUGACGACAAGACCGAGUCCUCCUACCCAAGUUCAUACUACUACUAUUCUGACUAUUACUCGGGCACAGGGACCGAAGUUCUGACAGACGAACUAGAGAUACGCGACGGUCACGACGAUCGCGCACCCGCUCUGACCGUCCAUAAUAUCUGA